AGAAGCCAGAGAGCCGCACGAGAGCCGCGCACAGCCACGCAGCCCGGGGAUGCGGACACACACUCAGACACAGGCGGAAGCACGGCACUAGUGUCCUCAGAGCAGCGCGCGCUCCACACCGAGACACACUCAAGUGCCCAUAAGCUCCGCUCCUCGUGGAUCCUAUUUACACCCGUGUCCGGACGCGCGUGCCCAGGUCCGGUCCGGUGUCCGGAGAGUGGACACUGACCGUCCCGUCAGGAGCGGACCCUCGCGCGCACACUCACGGACUGUCCUCGCGCGCACAUUCUUGGACUGUCCUCGCGCACACUGACGGACUUUACCUGCGCCGGCGCUCGCUCCUUCAGUCUGACUCGAGCCUUCACUUUGGCACCGAGCUCUGACAGAGCAGCCGGCCGCCCAGCGCUGCACCUCGUCCCGCCACAGCACAGCGCACGGCUCCGGGAAGGGUUCGCUCUGAGGGACCCGUGCUGGACGAGCAGCGGCCGCUGCCUGUGGGGCCAGUCCGCGAAGGAGGAGGCGAGAGAGGAACCGGAGGAGAGCCGACCCUUCCAGCGCCGCUCUCCGGGCGAUGCCAGUGUAAAUGCCAGGGCAAUGUCCCGAAGAAAGCAGGGGAACCCACAGCACUUGUCCCAGAGAGAAAUCACUCAGGUUGAGCACCCCGAUGGAGGCCUGCUCGCUGACGCCCUCCACCCCCACCCCCACGCGCUCGCCUUACCCCCCACGGCCUGCCCCCCUCCCUGCCCCCCCCACCUGCCCCACCUGGACCCCGCGCUGGCCCACGCCCUCCCGCCCGGCCUCCACGACGACCACGACCUGCUGACCUGCGGGCAGUGCCAGCUCACGUUCCCGCUCGCCGACAUCCUCCUCUUCAUCGAGCACAAGAAGAAGCAAUGCCAGACGCCGCCGCUGCUCGCCAACGGCUGCUACGACAAAAUGGCCGACCGAGGGGGAGGCGGAGGAGGCGGAGGAGGCGGGAGUCCGAACAUGCCGAGUCUCCAUCACCAUCAUCAUCAUCAGAGGGUGGAGCUGAAGAAGGUGCUGGAGCCCGUGGAGGUGGGGAUCCAGGUGACCCCGGAAGAAGACGAGGAGACGGGGAGAGGAGCGGGCGGAGAGAGGGCGGAGAGGACGCCCCCUAAAGGAAUUUGUCCCAAACAGGAGAACGCACUGGGAGGCGCCAGAGACGAGCCCUCCAGUUACAUCUGCACCAGUUGUAAACAGCCGUUCCCCAGCGCCUGGUUCCUGCUGCAGCAUGCCCAGAACACCCACGGCAUCAGGAUCUACCUGGAGUCCAACCCCUCCAGCGCCGCCCUCACCCCCCGCAUCACCAUGCCCCCGCCCAUGCCCAGCGACGCCAUCCCGCAGUCACCCCUCACCAACUUCAUGGGAGACAACCCCUUCCACCUCCUCCGAAUGACAGGGCCCCUCCUGAGAGAGCCUCCGCCGGGGUUUGGGGAGAACCGGCUUCCCAAUACGCCCCCCUUCGUCAGCCCCCCGCCCCGUCACCACCUGGACCCCCACCGGCUGGAGCGCCUCAGCGCGGAGGAGAUGGGACUCAUAUCCCAGCACCCCAGUGCCUUCGAGCGGGUGAUGCGCCUCACGCCCAUGGCCAUGGAGUCCCAGUCCAUGGACUUCUCCAGACGACUCCGAGAGUUAGCAGGGAACAACAACAACACCACGCCCCCCCUGUCCCCCAGCCGGGCCAACCCUAUGCACCGACUCCUCAACCCCAACCCCUUCCAGCCCGGGCCCAAGUCCCCCUUUCUCAGCACGCCGCCCCUCCCGCCCAUGCCCCACAGCACCACCCCCCCACAGACACAGAACAAAGUCAAGUCCUGUGAAUUCUGCGGAAAAACCUUCAAGUUCCAGAGUAACCUGGUGGUGCACCGCCGCAGCCAUACUGGAGAGAAACCAUACAAGUGCCAGCUGUGCGACCACGCCUGCUCCCAGGCCUCCAAACUCAAACGCCACAUGAAGACGCACAUGCACAAGGCGGGCUCUCUGACCGGACGCUCUGAUGAUGGACUGUCCACCACCAGCUCCCCCGAGCCUGGCACCAGCGACGUGACCGGGGAGGGCAUGAAGAACCGAGACGGGGACUUUCAGGGCGAGGGCAACGAGGAGGAAGAGGAGGAGGAGGAGGAAGAGGAGCUGGAGAACGAGAGUCGACCGGAGUCUAACUUCAGCAUCGAGUCUGAGUUCUACAGGAACAGAGAGAACGGCCCCAAAGCUCCGUCAGACGAGAAGAGCGCGCUCAGUCUGGAGAAGAUGGUGGAGGCAGGAGGCCUGAACUCCAUCCAGCCCUACAAUAACCUAAUCGUCGACAAUCGUAAGAGGAUGCCCUUCUCCAAGAGGAACUCGGACGGCCCGCGGGACCUCGGAGACGAGGACUCAGUGGCUGAGAUGGACCACCACCACCACCAGCCCGAGGAGAGGACCACCAUAAACGGCCGGAACUGUGGUUCUGGCGACUCUUUCUCAGGCCUGUUCCCCCGGAAACCCACUCCCAUCACCAGCCCCAGCCUGUCCAACUCCUCCAAUAAGAGAAUAAAGAUCGAGAAGGACCUGGACAUCCCCCCUGCGCCCCACAUCCCCUCAGAGAACGUGUACUCACAGUGGCUGGUGGGGUACGCAGCCUCGCGUCACUUCAUCAAAGACCCUUUUCUAGGCUUCACUGACUCCAGACAAUCGCCCUUCGCCACCUCCUCGGAGCACUCGUCUGAGAACGGCAGCCUGCGCUUCUCCACUCCGCCCGGGGACCUGCUGGACGGGGGUCUGUCCGGCCGCAGUGGCACGGCCAGCGGGGGGAGCACUCCUCACCUGGGGGGUCCAGGACGCCCCAGCUCCAAGGACAGUAAGAGGUGUGACACCUGUGAAUACUGUGGCAAAGUGUUCAAAAACUGUAGUAACCUGACAGUUCACCGGCGCAGCCACACGGGGGAGCGUCCGUACAAGUGUGAGCUGUGUAACUACGCGUGUGCGCAGAGCUCCAAGCUCACGCGACACAUGAAGACGCACGGACAGCUGGGUAAAGAGGUGUACCGCUGUGACAUCUGCCAGAUGCCCUUCAGCGUCUACAGCACGCUCGAGAAACACAUGAAGAAGUGGCACGGAGAACAUUUGAUGACCAACGAGGUGAAGAUCGAGCAGGCCGAGAGAGCCUAGCUCCCACACACUCACCACACACUCAGACUGACAAAGGGAGCUGGAUACUCUGUGUAGGUUCAUUUGUGUUUUUGCCUAAGAAACUGCCAACUGAGAAAAACGUGAAAACAUUGAACACAACUGAAGCUGUCUAAACUGCCUCACGUGGCGUUUCUUUUAAACAAUCAGUCAGUUGAGUUCAAACAUUUGUGGAGCCUUUAACUGUGCAAUAAUUUCUGUAUUUAUUGGAUUUUGUACUCUGGCAUGUGCAGGUACUUUUUAUUUCUGCAUUUGGGUUAUUUUGUAUUAUUUUACCUUGAGUUUGCUUUUUUAAAAUACCCACGAUAUCCUGAGAGUUUUUUAAAAUGACAAAUUUCAUUUGGCCGCUGCUUGUAGGAAAUGUAUAUUAAGCUAAAUGUGUGAUUUGUUGAAGAGAAGCUGAAUUCAAUCUUGGGUUUGAAAGUGCGUUUUAUCUGAGAAUGUUAGAGUAGAAUAUUUGUGAUGACGCGGACAACAAUCCUUUGGCAUCGUAGCAUGAGCUGACUCUACACGACGACGGGAGAAUUGGACAUGUAGCACUGAGUGUCAUUCGGACCGUAAACAGAACCAGAACCAGAACCAGACGUGUCCCAGUGAAGGCAGCUGCUCAGGCCCAGGAUAAACACUCCACUCUUUAGUUUCUCCAUUUCAUCUGCAUCUUUACACGAAGCGUUCACUUUCACCUGUUCAUCUGCAUCUGUACAUGAAGCCAUAGACUGUAGAGGAGAAGCCAUGUGUCGUGUGUGUGUGUCGUGUGUGUGCAUGACCUGAGCAGAUCGGGGGCACCUCAGGGCGAGCUCAAGUCUCCCUUUCACAUCCUACGUACUUAAAACAAUGUCAAAAAUGCAAAAUGUGCUUCUCUAUUUAAAUAUCCAACGCCAAUCUAUCAUUUUAGUUCAUAUAAGUAAAAUCGCCCCUAUGCAUUUUGUGCUUAAAUGAUCUCAAACAUUUGUCGUAAAUUCUGACUUUAAUGUAUUGUUAGAGUGAAUUUAUAAAUUUAAAUAUCAUGACAAUUUUGCUGCGGGUUUAGAACCGUUUUGCGUAGGAGAGAGACGACAGCGUGCGCUUAAAUACAGACUUAAAGGCUCAUCGGCAUCUCUUUGCUUUUCUUCAUUUUCCUCUCUCAUCCUGGCCCCGCCCACAUAGCCCCGCCCACCUGCCCCCAGCACUUUUAGUUUCACUUUCACGCAGGGACCCUCGGAGCUGGAACAACAGAGCUGCACUUUACACACACGCACACACACACAUGCAGGUACUGGAGGGCGACACCUGGGACCACACACACUCAAGUGCCCGCGGUCCAGAGGCUCACACCGCGGGCACUCUAAAACUUCAACUCAAAAUGAUUUAUUCGGGACAGUUUUUGUGCUGCCAUUCAAUGCGAGUGUGCCUUGAAUAUUGAUCUUCCUAUUUAUUACCUUUUAAAUGAAUCCAAUUGAAAUGUUAAAUUAAGACUUGAAUCUGACAUUGAAGAGGCGAUUGAAUUGACACCGUAGUGUAGCACAAUAAGCAGUGUCUGUGUACAUAUGUAUGCUCGUGUACAUAUAAAGGCACAAACUUAUUUAUAGAUCUUUAUCCAAUUGCUCUGGAGAGUCGGUCCCUCGGUGAAGAGUGGUCAGAGCCACGCUAAAGACGAACAAAAGACUGGACACAAAUCAGGAAAAGUUCAAAAGAAUGACUUGGUGCACUCGGUCUAAAUACGUUUACAGUAUUGACAAGUACAAGGGUAAAAUAAUAUUGCGUGUAUGUGUGUUUUAAUCUAUUUUGUUCAGGUUUGCUUCUAAAGUUUCUCUGAAUGCCAUAGUGGCGACGUGUACAAUUGUUUUCCUCCUUUUUAUUUGGUGAAGGGGUUUUAGUAUAAAUAUAAAUAUAUAUAUGAAUAUAUAUUACAUUUUUCUUGUUUACUGUAAAAGUAUACCAGUAUUUGUAAUAUUGGAGAAUGCCUGGGCAUUUUACAAAAAUAGAAAAAAGGUUGUUUUUUAUUUUUUAUUUUGCAGUCCAACUUAAAUUGUGGGUCUCUUAAACUGUUUUUGUCACUGUAACUGUUUUAGUAACUUUGAUUCUGCCUUGGGUGUAAUGAAAUAAAAAUAAAAGACUUAAAAAAUGACUGAGCUGUAACAAACUUGGAUUUGGUGAAGGGGCUAGGGUUAAGCGGGAGCCAAAAAAACACCAAAUCUCAUCUUGUAUCUAGUUUUUUUCUGCUGGAAUGAAAUACUCAUGGUGUAGACUUUAUACCUUUUGUCUUUUAUUUUAUUUUUUUAACUUGUGGGCUGUUUUCAUCCCUCAUUCAAGAGAUCCCCUUCACUGCCAUGCUGUUUCUCAGUUCAUCGGGCAGUGGAGAAGCAGUCUAUGAAUUUGUACUGUUGUAAUUAUUCUCACUGUACAGAAGGGCAUACCGAGGCUGCAGCGCGCCGUCUCAUAAUGACAAACACACACGAUGCUGUUUUGUUUAGCGCUCUAUUGGUUUGUACAUAGUUUUUUAAGACUAUGCUGUUUCUGAUUUCAUUUGAUUUUCUUGUAAUUUAAAAACUGGCACUGACAGUGACUCCUAUGUGAGGGUGGGCGGGGUUUGCGGGGGGACUAUUUGAAUUUUGUUUUUGGAUUUUGUUUUGUUUUGACCUUGUGACCUCCAUGUCAGUUUGGGCACAUUUUUUGCCUCCCCCGUUGAAUUUUCUCGGCAUGAG